UGUAGCAGGUGAGGAUCGGACGGGCGGAGCUUCAAUCCAGUCUGACAGAAAGUUAACAGCUCCCCGACCUUUGAAACCAGCAGGCAGGGAGAGGGGACAGAAAGGGGUCUAAGUUUGGAGCAGAAUGGCUUCAGAGUUGACUCAGGACGCGGUGCUUCAGUUCCUCCGGAGCGGCGGAGGCUCUGUGAAAAACUCGGAUCUGCUGCUUCACUUCAGGAGAUUCAUCCGCGACCAUGAGGACCGAGACAGAAACCGAGAGAUGUUUAAAAAGUUUGUCAACUCCGUGGCCACCGUCCAGCAGCUCGACGGGGUCUCAUAUGUGGUACUCAAGAGGAAAUUUAAAGGAAGAUCACCCGGUGGAGGAGAGAGGGGGAGGAGGGAGCCCUCCCCGGGGAACGCGCGAGUGAGCCCGGAGAAGCCUCGGAAGAAACCACAGCCUAUGGAGAUGACAACCACCGCCCCACCGGGAGGAACCGCCUCAGAAACAAUCCUACCUGCAGCUGGGAUUAUGCAGAACAACAACAAUGUGGAGACGAAUUUUAAUAUCAAACAACAGGAUGAAACCAGUAGACCGGGUUAUUACGGUGGACCAGCUCCAGGUCAGACAGCCAGACUUUUACAGCCACUGCCCCCAGAUCAGAGAUCUAAAAUCGGAUACAGUAAGGUUGGUUUUGACCCUAUAGCUCCUGUAAUUACACCUGUAGUUUCUGCAGUCAGACCUCAUGGAGAAACCAGGCAGCAAAUCCCAAUCCAGGAGCCACUAAGAGGGAGGGAGGCUGAACGGAAGGCCACCAGUUUCCCAGAGCUUCCUGCCCAGGAUUGGAGCACAAAAAUAGGGCAACACGAGGCAGGUUUCACCCCCUUAGAUCCAGGAAUUACACCUGUAGUUUCUGCAGUCAGGCCUCAUGGAGAAACCAGGCAGCAAAUCCCCAUCCAAGAGCGACAUAGGGGGAGGGACGCAGAGCGUCAGAUCCUCAGCUUCUCAGAGCCCCCUGUCCAAGAUUGGAGCAGAAAAGUGGGGCAACACGAGGCAGGUUUCACCCCCAUAGCUCCUGGGAUUACUCCUGUAGUUCCUGCAGUCAGAUCUCAUUCAGAAACCCGGCAGCAAAUCCCCAGCCAGGAGCCACUCAGGGGGAGAGAGGCUGAACUUAAGACCCCGAGCUUCUUGGAGUCUCCUGCUUUAGAUCGAAGCCCCAAAAUGGGGCAGAAUAGGUUCAGUUUUGACCCUGUAGCUUCUGGGAUCACACCUGCAGUUCAUGCAGUCAGAUCUCAUGAAGAAAUCAGGCAGCAAAUCCCCAUCCAGGAGCCAAUCAGAGGGAGAGAGGCUGAACUGAAGACCCCCAGCUUUCCAGAGCCUCCUGCCCUAGAUCGGAGCCCCAAAAUGGGGCAGAAUAGAUUCAGUUUUGACCCUGUAGCUUCUGGGAUCACACCUACAGUUCAUCCAGUCAGAUCUCAUGAAGAAAUCAGGCAGCAAAUCCCCAUCCAAGAGCCAAUCAGAGGGAGGGAGGCUGAACUGAAGACCACCAGCUUCCCUAAACGUCCUACCCAGGAUCGGACCUCCAAAACUGGACAUAGUAAGUUCGGUUUUAGCUCUCUGUUUUCUGGGAUCACAUCUGUAGUAUCUAAAGUAAGAACUCAUGGAGAAACCAAGCAACAAGAGCCACUCAGAGGGAGGGAGGCUGAAUUAAAGACCCCUACCUUCCCAGAGUCUCCUGCUCUGGAUCGGAGCCCCAAAAUUGGACGGUUUAGUUUUGACCCCCUUGCUUCUGGGAUUACACCUGUGAUUUCUGAAGUCAGACGUCAUGAAGAAAUCAGGCAGCAAAUCGCCAUCAAAGAGCCGCUCAGAGGGAGAGAGCAUGAUCUUAAAGAAAUUCCUCGCCAGGAUGUAGAACUCCAUCCCCCCAGCUUCUCAGACCCUCCUGCACGAGAUCAGAGCCCCAAAGUAGGACACAAGGUGGGUUUCGCCCCUGUAGCUCCUGAGAUAAUCACAAUGGAUACUGAGGUCAGAGCUUAUGGAGAAACCGUCCCCACUCCAGAAACUCAGGUCAGUGUCAAUGCUCCACGCCGCCGCCACAGACACAGAAAGAGCUACAAAUCUGCUGUGUCUUAUGAUGAAGACGAGGAUGAAGAGGAGGAAGAGAUGGUCCCAGUUAGGCGUGGCUCAUCAGGAGGAGAGUGGCCCCUCAGCGUUCCUCUCGGGGACAUGGGGAAGGCCCUCUCUGCCUCCUCCCCGUGCAUCAUAGACGUUCCUUCAAUCUCCACGUCUCCAGCGGAGAAGCUCCCAAAAAUUUAUGUCCAGGGUGUCAAAGAGGAAGCACCGCCCCCUAGAGAAGGCCAACACAGCUUUCCGUUAGAAGCAGAGCACUACAUCCCGUCAACAAAGAUGAUGCUGCAUCAUGACGAUGUUCACGCCGACCGCCGUUUCUCACAGCCUGCAGGUUUCCAGCAAAGAGGGUCGCUCUCAUCAAGUACCAGUAACAUCUACUCGCCCUCGUCUGAUUCAGGUCUGUCGAUGAGAGACUGGCCGAUGUCUGGCUCCCCCAGAGGAUUGGGGUGGAAUAGCAGCUUAGAAGAUCUGCACACAAGAGCAGGAAACUCUGGGAGUGAUCUUCAGAUCCAGGAAGCUCUCCGGAGAGCACAGAAAAACAAAGUGGAGUCUUCAACAGGGCUUCAUACCGGCAGUAAACUCCAGGCACCUUGGCAUCACUCUACAGGACAUCUCCAUGAGGACCAGGAGCCCAAAGCUUAUUUAUCACCAUUUUGUCACUCCACAGACCGUCUCCAUGAAAACCAGCAGUCUGCAGGCCGUGUGAAGCUAAAGCAUCUCUCUACAGGCGAUCUCUACGAUGAUCACCAGGAGGCGGAGUUAAGCGAGGAGUCCACCUCUUCAUCCCCAUCGCGGCAGCACUCAGCGAUCCCCAGGCGUCUUGGCAGCCACCUGAGGAGCAGAAUGUGCCGCAGCAUGGCGGCUGACAUCGACCAGCUCCUUCAGGAGGAGGAGGAGAGAGGAGGAGGAGGCGACAAUGAGGCAGCUCGUCUGAACCGACUCCACCUCAUCUCCUCCACACUCAGCCUUCCCUACAACGUGUCAACGUCAUCGUUGUCGUCCUGUUCAACGCCUCCUCUUAGCCACAGCUUUGCCAACCUGACAGAGGGAGGAGAGGGAAGAGGAGGGAAGAAGAGCAUCCCUAACACCUCGUCUUCUGCUCCUCCUGAAGGCUCUGGCAGACAGUCUCAGGUUCCUCUGGAGUCCAGAGAGCAUGACUGGUUGGUUAAAGGGGCGGCGGGGGCGUGGCCCGACAUCUAUUCAUUAUUCAGAGAGGACUCGACUCUUCUCAACAGACGGGACUUUAUCACCGGCUUCACUGUUCUGCACUGGAUUGCCAAACAUGGAGACCACAGAGUCCUCAACACUUUAUGGUACGGUGUUCAGAAGGCUGGUCUGUCAUUUGACAUAAAUGCCAGGUCAACAUGUGGCCACACCCCUCUCCACAUCGCUGCCAUGCAUGGCCACAAGAACAUCAUGCGCUUGCUGGUGAACAAAUUCCACGCUGAUGUGAGGCUGAGGGACACGGCGGGGAAGAAACCCUGGCACUACCUGAGCCAUUUCUCACCGCCUGAUGUCUUCCAGCUGCUGGGAGCUCCAGCACGGGCUGCUUUAGGAGGAGGUGGCAGCAGUGGGGGAGGAGGAGGAGGGGGAGGAGUUGUGAGGUCCGAGUCUAUGUGGAAACAUGAAAAGCGUAGGAGGAGGCAUCAUCUCUCCUCAGCUUCUUCAGCAGAAAGACCGCAGAGCAUUUCAGCAAAGGUUAAAAGAUCGUCGUCCAUCGCUGCUUUUCUCAAACACAAAUCACUGCGACACUUACAGGGUCAUCAGUCCGACUCGCCCAUUUAAAAACUUCCACUGAUGGAUUAAAAGCCCUUGCUUUGGAGAGAUGUUUAAUUUACUAACCAUCAGAGGAACAGCUGCUGGUGUACUGAACAGUUUAAGCAGCUCAGAGAGGUUUAAAACUGGAUUUAAAGAGCACAAAGUGUGCUAUUUCUGAUACAAAUGUAUUAUAUUUAUAUCUAUGGGACCAUUCACACUAGUCUGUCAGUUUAUGCUCCACUUCUUCUAAUGGAUUAAUUCAUGUUUGCCAGUGCCAUAAAGAUCCUCCCUAAAAAUCAGCUGGAUAACUUCAGUAUGUCUUGGCUUAUUAAACUACAGUUUGACCAAAUCUUAUAAAUUUUGAUGGGCAUGUAGAGACCUUUAGCUUAGAUUUUUGAUUUAAUCCCCAAGAUUUUAAGCCACUCUUAAAAAUAAGUCUAAGUAACUUAAUCAAGUCUUCUGCCCACUGAUAAGAGUCUGCAGGUUUUGUAAUAUUCAUUGAAAUUACAAACUGGGUGCAAAGCCAGCAUCCCCAGGAAAAAUCACAACCUGCAUCAUGAUCUAGAUAUUUUUAAUCCUCCAGAGAGAGUAGGUGGAAGCACAAACAGCUUUACUGUUCCAGAUUAUGAUCAUAUCAGCCACACCUCUAAUUAUACAUGGUAAGCAUCCUUCUUUAAACCAGAACAGACAAGUUAUAAAACAAAUUCUCCUCCAGUACAAUGUGCCCUGAAAGACGUGAUCUUUUCUGACCCAAACUGUAUUUUGGACCAGGCUGUAAACAUGUUUAUCUCCGCUGUAAAAAUUGUCAUUUUAACAUGGGUGUGUAUGUGGCCUCUGCUACUUCUGCAUCCAGCCUCUGGUGGACAUUUGAGGAACUGCAAUUUUAGGGCUUCUUCACUGACUUCACUUUGCAAUCACGGAGGUUUCUGUUGACAGCUUCUCCCUUUCAUUUUACUUUGUGGAAAAUUUCGACCCCAGCUGUUUUCAAGUUCUUUACUCAAAGUAUCCUUUCUAAUCUUUUUGAGCAUGUUUCCUGAACUGUUAAGGAGCUAAAAUCUUCCCAGCAGCAUGGAUUACACUGCAGGAGAGCAAGAUCAACCUUUCUUACUGCCUUUUUGAUGGCAGUGAACUUCUUUUUUAUUUGUACAUAGUCAUCGUAAGUUUGAUUUAUUUUGCAGGAUUAUCAGCCUUUUCUCUCUCAAGCCUCCCUGUGAGUGUGGUCUUCUGACUUUAGCUCAAAAUUUUAAACUCAGGCUUAUUAACUGCAGCUGCAGGGAGUUUCAGUGCCUCAGAACUCUUGUAACACAAAGGCUGUAAAGGGAAGCAAGAGGUGAACCACAGCAUGUUGCAGAGCAGAGCAGAGCAGGUUUCAUUGUGAUCUCCUGAUGUCAUUGUUGUUGGAAGGAAAGACAAACAGGGCAAGGUUGAAGUUUAAGAGCCGCAGGACACAAAGAGCUGCAGUUUCUGUCUGCAGCUGUGAUUUACAUGCAGAGAAGACACUGCAGCUUGUUAACACUUGUCACAUGUAUCCAAACUUUGCUAAUGUGGACUCAACAUUCCUCACAUUGUUUUAGGAAUUCAUCAUUAUAUAUAAUGUUUUCUUCCUUUAAAGCUGUCUUUAGCUGCAGGCUUGGAAAGUUACGUUGCACUGGAUUUAAAUCUAAUAAGGUAGUGAUAAAAACAUGACAAUCACCUGCACGACAAUUCUGUAUUAGUUUGUUUUUAAAUACGCUUUGAAGCCUUGCUGGCACUUAAUCCAAGAAUUUGCAAGUAGAUUUAUUUUUUUAAUCAAUUUAUAGAGCACUUUUUGAACUCCAUAUCACUCAGGGCUUUACAAAUGCGUCAAAAUAAAAACAGGAAGGUGGUUUCUUACCUUUGGCAUCCAAAAAUCCUUGAGUAUGUGCUGACUUACAAAUUUUGAAGAACAUCUCUCAAAGUGUCUUAGAAGAAACCCUACAUGAUAGAACAAGUUUAUUUUACUGGAUAGAUAUUUUUAUCUCUUAUAUGCAUACUGAAUUAAAAAAACUUUCUAUAUAUCUACAUUUUAAAAUAACUUUGACAUUAUGAACUCACAAGGUGCCAUGUUUUACUUUGCUGGGUAUAAUGACGCUUCAGCAACAUUAGUUGCCCAUCAAAUAUUUGUAUUGUGAACAUGAUUCCACUAUUAAGAGAUAAUUGUGAUGGUUUUACUCUCAGUGUAAAUCAAGCAAAUGUAGUUAUAGAGGCAAAAAGAUGGCGAAUGGAGCUGAUUUUAUGAGUGCCUGCUGAGAAAGAGAUGCAAACAAGCAUGGAGCCCCGUUCAUCACCAACAGUCUUUAAAGGUCACAUAUUAUGCCAAAUACACAUUUUAAGACUUUUCUAACCAAAAUAUGUGGUCCUAGCCUGUCCACAAUCCCCCCAACAAUCAGAAAAAUCCAUUCCCUCCCCCCUCUCUUUUUCCACCUUGCAGAAAAUGUGUGCUGAAACUAGCAGUUCUCAGAUUUCCCCCUCAUGAUGUCAUGUGGGGAAUUAGCACCAACCCCAGGUUUGAUUGGCCCACCCCACUUGGAAGAAGGUUCUGCCCUCCUCUCCUGGUCCUCCUCUCAGCUGCCAGCUGAGGGCCACAUCCAUUAAGCCGCAUCUACGUCCUGAGAGGGGCAGAGUCACACAGCUUAUUA